GAUGUUUGCCCGUCAGUCGAGUCCGGAGUGAGGAGCUCGGGCGCCGGAGCGGAGGGAGACUCUUGAGCUUAAGCUUGCCGCCGCCACGGCCACCGCCUGGACCUUUGCCCGGAAGGAGCCGCAGAGGGUCUGGCGCCGCCGUCCUCUGGAGGGCAGCGCGAUUCGGGGCCCGGACCUCCAGUCCGGGAGGGAUUUUUCGUCGUCCCCCCCUCCCCCCAGCGAGGGAGCCCGAGCGGCCGCCAAACAAAGGUACCAGUCGCCGCCGCGGGAGGAGGAGGAGCCGGAGCUUCAGCCUCAGCAACCGCUGGACCCGCCGCCCUUCUUCCCCCAUCUCUCCCCCCGGGCCUGCUGGUUUUGGGGGGGAGUAGGGGAGGGAACUCUGGACGUGCCAGGGUCAGAGCUCGCCUCCGAGGAAGGUGCAGGUGAAUCUGGUGUUUUCGAGGGGAUCGCGGUCCCUGAAUCAUCAUGAAGGCCCUUGAUGAGCCUCCCUAUUUGACAGUGGGCACUGAUGUGAGUGCUAAAUACAGAGGAGCCUUUUGUGAAGCCAAGAUUAAGACAGCAAAAAGACUUGUCAAAGUCAAGGUAACAUUUAGACAUGAUUCUUCAACAGUUGAAGUUCAGGAUGACCACAUAAAGGGCCCACUAAAGGUUGGAGCUAUUGUGGAAGUGAAGAAUCUUGAUGGUGCAUAUCAGGAAGCUGUUAUCAAUAAAUUAACGGAUGCAAGUUGGUACACUGUAGUUUUUGACGAUGGCGAUGAGAAGACGCUGCGGCGGUCGUCUCUGUGCCUGAAGGGGGAGAGGCAUUUUGCUGAGAGUGAAACAUUAGACCAGCUCCCACUCACCAACCCUGAACAUUUUGGCACUCCAGUCAUAGGAAAGAAAACAAAUAGAGGAAGAAGAUCUAAUCAUAUACCAGAGGAAGAGUCUUCUUCAUCCUCCAGUGAUGAAGAUGAGGAUGAUAGGAAGCAGAUUGAUGAGCUACUAGGAAAAGUUGUAUGUGUAGAUUACGUUAGUUUGGAUAAAAAGAAAGCACUAUGGUUUCCUGCAUUGGUGGUUUGUCCUGAUUGUAGUGAUGAAAUUGCUGUGAAAAAAGACAAUAUUCUUGUUCGAUCUUUCAAAGAUGGCAAAUUUACUUCAGUACCAAGAAAGGAUGUCCAUGAAAUUACUAGUGACACUGCACCAAAGCCUGAUGCUAUAUUAAAACAAGCCUUUGAUCAGGCACUUGAAUUUCACAAAAGUAGAACUAUUCCUGCUAACUGGAAGACUGAACUGAAAGAAGAUAGUUCUAGCAGUGAAGCAGAGGAAGAAGAGGAGGAGGAAGAUGAUGAAAAAGAAAAGGAGGAUAAUAGCAGUGAAGAGGAGGAAGAAAUAGAACCAUUUCCAGAAGAAAGGGAGAACUUUCUUCAGCAGUUGUACAAGUUUAUGGAGGAUAGAGGCACACCUAUUAACAAACGGCCUGUACUUGGAUAUCGAAAUUUGAACCUCUUUAAGUUAUUCAGACUUGUACACAAGCUUGGAGGAUUUGAUAAUAUUGAAAGUGGAGCUGUUUGGAAACAAGUUUACCAGGAUCUUGGAAUCCCUGUUUUAAAUUCGGCUGCGGGAUACAACGUUAAAUGUGCUUAUAAAAAAUAUUUGUAUGGUUUUGAGGAGUACUGUAGGUCGGCCAAUAUUGAAUUUCAGAUGGCAUUGCCAGAGAAGGUUGCUAACAAGCCAUGUAAGGAGUGUGACAAUGUAAAAGAAAUGAAAGUUAAGGAGGAAAAUGAACCAGAAAUCAAAGAAAUAAAGAUUGAAGAAGAGGAGAAUAGAAUACCAGAAGAAGAAAAGCCUACUGAUGAUGAUAUUGAAAGAAAGGAAAAUAUUAAACCCUCUCUGGGAAGUAAAAAGAAUGUUUUAGAAUCUAUACCUACACAGUCUGACCAGGAAAAGGAAGUUAGCAUGAAAAAAACAGAAGAAAAUGAGAAUCCGGAAGACAAAGAUGAGGAGACACCUGGGGUAGAUGAAUCCCUCAGCAUAAAGGUAGAAGCUGAAGAAGAAAAAGCCAAAUCUGGAGAUGAAACGAAUAAAGAAGAAGAUGAAGAUGAUGAAGAAGCAGAAGAGGAGGAGGAGGAGGAGGAGGAGGAGGAAGAGGAUGAAGAGGAUGAUGACAACGAUGAGGACGAGGAAUUUGAAUGCUAUCCACCAGGCAUGAAAGUCCAAGUGCGGUAUGGACGAGGGAAAAAUCAAAAAAUGUAUGAAGCUAGUAUUAAAGAUUCUGAUGUCGAAGGUGGAGAGGUCCUUUACUUGGUGCAUUACUGCGGAUGGAAUGUGAGAUAUGAUGAGUGGAUUAAAGCAGAUAAAAUAGUAAGACCUGCUGAUAAAAAUGUGCCAAAGAUAAAACAUCGGAAGAAAAUAAAGAAUAAAUUAGACAAAGAAAAAGACAAAGAUGAAAAAUACUCUCCAAAAAACUGUAAACUUCGGCGCUUGUCAAAACCACCUUUUCAGACAAAUCCAUCUCCUGAAAUGGUAUCCAAACUAGAUCUUACUGAUGCCAAAAACUCUGAUACAGCUCAUAUUAAAUCCAUAGAAAUUACUUCUAUCCUCAAUGGACUUCAAGCCUCUGAAAGUUCUGCUGAAGACAGUGAGCAGGAGGAUGAGACAGGUGCUCAAGGCAUAGAUAACAGUGGCAAAGAGGAAUCUAAAAUGGAUCAUUUGACCCAUGCCAGAAACGAUCUUAUUGCAAAAGAGGAACAGAACAGUUCAUCUUUGCUAGAAGAAAACAAAGUCCAUGCCGAUUUGGUGAUAUCCAAACCAUUGUCAAAAUCUCCAGAAAGAUUAAGAAAAGAUAUGGAAGGAUUAUCUGAAGAUACGGAUUAUGAAGAAGAAGAUGAAAUCACAAAAAAGAGAAAGGAUAUUAAGAAGGACACUGCAGAGAAGUCUUCAAAGCCACAAGUAAAACGUGGUAAAAGAAGGUAUUGCAAUACAGAGGAGUGUUUAAAAACUGGAUCACCUGGCAAAAAGGAAGAGAAGGCCAAGAACAAAGAAUCACUUUGCAUAGAAAACAGUAGCAACAGCUCUUCAGAUGAAGAGGAGGAAGAAAAAUCGAAAACAAAGAUGACACCAACGAAGAAAUACAAUGGUUUGGAGGAGAAGCGAAAAUCUCUACGGACAACUGGUUUCUAUUCAGGGUUUUCGGAAGUGGCAGAAAAAAGGAUAAAACUUUUAAAUAACUCUGAUGAGAGACUUCAGAACAGCAGAGCUAAAGACCGGAAGGACGUGUGGUCUAGCAUCCAGGGACAGUGGCCCAAGAAAACCCUGAAGGAGCUGUUUUCGGACUCGGACACGGAGGCGGCUGCCUCACCGCCCCAUCCCGCCCCCGAGGAGGGGUCCGCAGAGGGGCCACUGCAGCCGGUGGCCGAGGAGGAGGGCUGCCCCCCUGGCGCCGAGCUGGAAGCCCUGCCGCCGCCUGGCGCCCAUGGCAGGCCCGCCGAGGAGAAGCCAGUAGAGGCCGCUGACAAAAAAGCAGAAUUUCCCAGUAGUGGCAGCAAUUCCGUGCUCAAUACCCCUCCCACCACCCCCGAGUCGCCUUCCUCAGUCACGGUCACGGAAGCCGGGCGGCAGCAGUCUUCGGUGACGGUGUCGGAGCCUCUGGCCCCAAACCAAGAAGAGGUUCGAAGCAUCAAGAGUGAGACGGAUAGCACAAUCGAGGUGGACAGCGUCGCGGGGGAGCUGCAGGACCUGCAGUCGGAGGGGACCAGCUCGCCGGCAGGCUUUGACGCCAGCGGCAGCUCCAGCGGGAGCACUCAGCCGGAGCCGGAGCACCCUGACAGAGGUCAGAAAAGAGGGAAAGAAUCUCAGGGAGGAGGAAGUUCAUCAAAAAAGCAGAAGCGAAGCCAUAAAGCAACAGUGGUAAACAACAAAAAAAAGGGAAAAGGCACAAACAGUAGUGAUAGUGAAGAACUUUCUGCUGGAGAAAGUGUAACAAAGACUCAGCCAGUCAAAUCAGUAUCUACUGGAAUGAAGUCUCACAGUACCAAAUCUCCUGCCAGGACACAGUCCCCGGGAAAAUGCGGAAAGAAUGGUGAUAAGGAUGCUGAUCUCAAGGAACCCAGUAAUCGACUACCCAAAGUUUACAAAUGGAGUUUUCAGAUGUCGGACUUGGAAAAUAUGACAAGUGCUGAACGCAUCACAAUUCUUCAAGAGAAACUUCAGGAAAUCAGAAAACAUUAUCUGUCAUUAAAAUCUGAAGUAGCUUCCAUUGAUCGAAGGAGAAAGCGUUUAAAGAAGAAAGAGAGAGAAAGUGCUGCUACAUCCUCAUCCUCUUCUUCCCCUUCAUCCAGUUCCAUAACAGCUGCUGUUAUGUUAACUUUAGCUGAACCGUCAAUGUCCAGCGCAUCACAAAAUGGAAUGUCAGUUGAGUGCAGGUGACAGCAGGACUUGCUAAAGCACUUUGCACUUAAUGGCUGUUGAAGGCCACAUCUUUUUUUAUACUGCACAGUGGCACAAAAAAAUCAGACAAGCACUAUUUUAUAUUUAAUUGUUUCUUGACAAGCUGACUUGGCACUUAAGUGCACUUUUUUUAUGAAGAAAAAGUACAAUGAACUGCUUUUCCUCAAGCAAUAAUUGUUUCCAACUUGUCUGGGAAUUGUGUGUCUGGUAACUUGAAGGCCUUCCACUGUGGCAAAUGGAGGCUUUUCACUGCCUGUAGAGACAAUACAGUAAGCAUAGUUGUUAGGUGGGCCAGAACAUGUUAAGAUAACUUACUGUAUAUGUAUUCCCUUGUAUUUUGUUAAAGCUGGAACAUUUGAUAUUUUUCCAUUUAUUUAUGAAAAAAUAUGAACCUAUUUUCAUUUGUACGAGCUAAUUGUUUUUUAAAGCAAGUCACCUUAGGGUGGCUUUAAUUGUAUAAGUCAAGCACAUGUAAUAAAUUCAAAACCUGCAGUUAACAGGAUAUUAGACACCAAUCCUGGUAACCAAAUAUUAAAGAUUCUCUUUAAAAAAGACUGAACAUGUUUACAGGUUUGAAUUAGGCUAAAAGGUCUUGCAGUGGCUUUUCAUGCCCCUUCAAAUUGGAAUGGAACUACUGUACUUUGCCAUUUUUCUAUAAAUCAGUAUUUUUUUUUAAUUUUGAUAUAAUAACAUUGUGUGAAAAAAGAAAAUGGCUAAAAAACUGUAUUAAAUCUUAAUGUAUAAAGAUUGUACUUAGCCAGUUCAAAGUGUAUAUUUAUUCAUAAUGAAUUAUAACAGUUAUAUUUUUGUGUUUUCUUGUAAAUGUUUCUUUUUCCUUAAAUACAGAUAAUUCAUUUGUAUUGCUUAUUUUAUUAUGAGAUACAACAAGAGGACUUCAGGAACAAGUAAACUGUAUUAGUAUGGUUCAAGGUUGUUGAUAUGAACUGUCUCAAAAGGAUGGUUGUUAUUUUAAGUAUAAAUAGCUAAUCGGGGUGGUAGGCCUAUAAAAUUAAAUGCCUUGUAUAAAAUCCAAAAUGAACGCAAACUUGUUUUCACUUGUAUUGACUUUAUGUUGUAUGAUUCCAAUCUCUGUUCUGUUUGGCACUUGUAUUUAAUUCUACACCUUUGUAAGACAUUUGUAUAUUGCGGAUGUGUUCAUUCAAGCUAUUUAAUACCUGGCACUGUUAAUACACAGUACUUUACUGUACAGACUGUUUUACUGUUUUAAUUGUAGUUCUGUGUACUUUUUUUGGACGGGGCUGGCAUGUUUUAUUUGUUUUCUGGCAAUACGACGUGAGAAUUUCGAAGCGUUUUGUUGUAGAUGCUAACGUGUCAGAAUCCUUUACAUUCAACUUUUCUAAGAAAAGCAUUUUCAGUCUUGUAGUGUGUGCUUACAGUAACUAAUUUUGUUGACAAUGGUUUCAAGUUAUUCAAAUUUGUACAGGACUGUAAAGAUUUGUUGACAGCAAAACGUUGAAGAAAAAGCUUAUAGAAUAAAAGCUAUAAAGUAUAUAUUAGGAUCUGCAAACAAUGAAGAAUUAUGUAAUAUAUUGUACAAAUGUAAGCAAAGGCUCUGAAAUAAAAUGCCAUAGUUUGUGAAUCCUU